AUGCCGCAACACAGGCCAAUUGAAGCUGGUCAGGACGUUUUGGCAGCAUUGGCCCAGACCUCAAAGUCUUUGAUGGACGACGAAAACGGACCAUUCUGGCACAGAGUGUUGUUACAUACUUUUAUCGAGUCCGAGGGCAAUGCAGAAAGGUCUACGAUCAUAAAAUCUCCUCUUGAGCAACAUCCGGAACUACUCCAGUGUCUGGCUUGGGGGCUCAACGUCCACACCAUGAUCCGUCCUCAUAGUCAUCAAAGUCUCAGCCGACUUUUGGAAUAUCUCACGCGCGAUGGGCAGCUGCUCACCGUCACCUACGAUGUAACAGUCUCCAACAUUGUUGGGGUUGUGCAAACGCUUGCGUGUGGAGCUAUUGACUUCCUCGACCUUUCUCAGCGGCUUCUAUCUCCCAGUAGAAAGGACCAAGCAACAAGUGAGCGAGCUUUCCUGCAAGCCCUCCUGGCACAUGUCUGCGAUAUCAAUGUCAUGUUUUACAAUACCAACGUAUGUCAUGACCUGGUGGACGCCGGAGCUCGUCUAGAUAUCCGAGCUGCAAACGGCAACACUGUCUUGCGUAGUUUAGUCCAUGGUCACAUCAACUUUUCGGUGUUAUAUCACCCUAGACUUGCAGCUUGGGUCAGUGUUGAAGAAAUCCGCCGGCACCAGGCAGGCAAGGCGAUGGUAAACAGCCUCAACAAAGACGGACUAAGUCCAUGCCACCUGGCAUUGGGGGAUGAGAUCUCGUUUUCGGGUAACGAAGACUUCGUCGACCUACUUGCUCGAAACGGCGCCGACAUCACAUUUCCAAUACCUCGCGGGAGGCAUUGGGACUACCUGUUACGGAAGCUCGCCGAUUGGGAGGCCGAAACGGAAACGACGGAGCCAUGGACGCAUGAGAGGAUUGGCCGGCGCGUCCAAGUUGUGCGGCAGGCUUUGGAAUGCUCUUGA